CCCACCACCCCCCCCAGCCCAUCCCGGCCGGUCCCGGCCAUGGGGUCCCCGCGCCGCCCCGCGCCGCCGCCGCCCCCGGGGCCGCCCCCCGCCCCGGCGCUGCCCUCCCCGCCGGCGGCCGCGCAGGGCGGGCGGCUGCGGGCGCUGCACUGGGAGCCGGUGCCCGCGGCGAGGGUGCGCGGCCGCCGCUCGGUCUGGGCUCCGCGGGCCGCCCCGCCGCCGUUGGACCUGCCGCGCCUCCGGCUGCUGUUCCGAGAGCCCCGCGGGGCCGCUCCGGGGCAGCGGCCGCCGCCCGCCGCCGCGCUGCUGGAGCCCAAGCGGAGCAUCGCCCUCGGCGUCUUCCUCAAGCAGGUCAAGCGGCCAGUGCACCAGAUCGUGCGGGACAUCCAGGAGGGUGUCGGGGCGCCCUACGGGGCCGAGAAGCUGCGGGAACUCUCCCGGAUGCUGCCCGGCGCCGCAGAGGUGGCCCGGCUGCGCGCCUUCCCUGGCAGCCCCCACCAGCUCCCUGACCCCGAGCUCUUCAUGCUGCUGCUGACGGAGGUGCCCAGCUACACCCAGCGCCUGGAGCUGCUGGUGCUGAAGGAGGAGUUCUUCCCCCGGCUCAGCGCCCUGCGCGGCUCCAUCCAGACCCUGACAGAUGCCGCUGUUGAGCUGCUGGAGUGUGAGGAGCUGCAUGCCAUCCUCCACCUCAUCCUGAGCACUGGCAACCACCUGAACUCGGGUGGCUACGCCGGCAGCGCUGUCGGCUUCCGCCUCGCCUCGCUGCUGAAGCUGCCCGACACCAAGGCCAACGAGCCAGGCAUGGACCUGCUGCACUUCGUGGCCAUGGAGGCAGCCAGGGCGGAGAAGAACCUGCUGGACUUCCCUGGCAAGCUGCGGCACGUCGGCCCAGCGUCGCGGAUCGAGGCGGCGGAGGUGGAGGGGGAGCUGCAGCGGCUGUCGGGGCGGCUGUCGGGGGCCCGGGGCCUGGGCAUGGAGGGCCUGGGGCCGCAGCUGCAGCCCUUCCUGCGCGAGGCCGAGGAGGAGCUGCGCGGGGCAUGGGACGCGCUGGAGCAGAUGCAUCGCGCCGCGGACGCCACCCUUGACUUCUUCUGCGAGGAUGCAGCGCCCGGCGGCCUGCAGGAGCUGUGCGCCGUGCUGCACGGCUUCGCGGGCCGGCUCCUCGCUGCCGUGCAGGAGAACCGGGUGCGGGAGCAGGCGCAGCACCGGCGGCGGCAGCUGGAGCAGGAGCGGCUGAAGCGUCGCUCCAUCGCCACGUGCUCCACGUGGGACGCGGCCCCGCGGGUGCUGCGGCCGGCUGGACCCUUCCCGCUCACGCCGCAGCCCGGCCGGCACGGCCUCCGCUCCCCGCACCCCAGCUCUGAGCCCUGCCUGGCUGCCCGGCAAGGGGAUGACCCCCCUUGUUCCCCCAGCUGCGAGAGCCCCCACUGUCCCCCAGGGCUGCCGGGUCCCCCCUGGCUGCCCGCAGCCCCCCCGGCCCUGCUGCGGCGGCACACGGCCCCGGCGCUGCCCGAGGUGGGGGGCUGUGAUCAGCCCUCCCCGAGCGCCCUGGCCAGCGGGCAAGCGGGGCUUCUCGAGCCCGACCUGCCUGAGCCGCCCCCCGCGGCCACAGCCCCGGCCCCCCCUGGCCCCACGCCCUACUUCAGCCUGGCCAGCCUCUUCCAGUGGAGGGGGGCCCAGAGGGGGCCGGGGUCCCCCCAGCUGCCCCCGGCUGUCCCCCCCGAGGGCUCUGCCCUGCUCGGCUUCCUCCGGCGCCUGGCGGGAGGGAAGGGGCGCAGGGACCCCCCCAGCUGAGGAGUGGCCAAGUCCUGCCUUUCACCCCCCCCCCCCUCCCGGGGCCACGUUUUACCCUUCCCUGUGUCCCUGCUUCCCCUCCGGUUCGUGGUGACAAU